AAUGCACAGAAAAUCGUGUCUAAGAUUUGAAUGCAUUUAAAAUUCGUAACGCUUUAUACGAAUGGCUCUGAAGUGUGAAAUUAAUCGCCAAUUAAUUGCGAAAAUCGUUUCAAUUUAGUUAUCGACCGAUUUGUGGAUCAAUUGCGGACACCAUCUGAAUGGCGGACAAGAAGUUGGAGGACACGAUCAGCAUCGGUGACGCGGAUAACUAUGAGCUGAUCCGACGGUUAGGCAGCGGUCGAUACGGAGAGGUGUUUGAGGCCAAACACGUGGCCAACAACAAGAGGUAUGCCAUCAAAGUCUUAAAGCCGGUCCGACCCGAGAAAGUGCUCCGAGAGGUGGAUGUGUUGAGACGUCUUCAGAGCGGACCCAAUAUAAUCACAUUGAAGGACGUGAUCGUCAACGACGGCACUCCAGCGCUGGUCUUCCCCUUUGUGUCCAACGAGACCCUCAAGACUGUGGCCAUGGAUUUGACCGAACAGGAGAUCCCGUUAUAUCUGUACAAACUGUUGCGCGCCAUCGACUUCUGCCACAAGAAUGAAGUGAUCCAUCGCGACAUCAAACCAUCAAAUGUGAUGAUCGAUAGGACUAUGAAGACGUUGCGACUCAUCGACUGGGGUUUGGCCGACACUUACACCGACGGCCGUAUAUAUCCGGUGACAGUGGCCUCGAGAUUCUAUAAACCGCCGGAACUGCUGUUGGGUUUCAGUAAAUACGACUAUUCAUUGGACAUGUGGUCGUUUGGAUGCGUUGCCGCCGGACUCUUAUUCAAAAGGGAGCCAUUCUUUAACGGUUUGGAUAAUUCGGAUCAAUUGAAGAAAAUUGUGUGCGUUUUGGGAACCGAUUGUCUUAAAGAAUACGUUCAAAAAUAUCGUGAAUCGGGUAAGUGUUCGUGGUAUGGGCCGGGAUUUGAUGGCAAAAGGACUGCUUGCGGACAGAUCUUCCAUCAAUACGAGAUGACCGCCGCUCACAAGACCCUCAAAUGCGGUACAAAAGUUAGGGUGAAUGCGAACGGCAGGAGUGUAGUGGUGACAGUGAACGACCGUGGGCCUUUUGUCGCCGGACGCAUACUCGACCUGAGCAAAGGGGCCGCAGAAAAGCUCGGUAUUAUCAGCGCUGGUGUGGCCGCCUGUACUGUGACACCCAUUUAA